AUGCCGUCAAUGGUUCCUUCGCGUAGUGAACCAUCAAAUGUGCUGAAUUCAAUCAUCAUCUCUCCAUCGGACACGGAUUAUAUUGAUCAAUUAAUUCCCUCAAUCAAGGAGUAUAGCGUCGGCAAUCGAACGUCUCAAUUAUUGCAAUCAUUGUCCAAGUUCGCCAGCGAUAAAGAAGCCGAGAUAGAAACGAUAUGCAACACAAACCAUCAGGAAUUUGUGUCUUCAAUCAAUCACCUUCUGCGUAUCAGAGAAGGAACAGUGAGCUUGACCGCGGAGAUCCUUGACCUGAACCAAUCUAUCCAAGCUAGCACCGAACGUCUCGCCGAUCAAAAGAAGGCUCUGGUAGAGUCGCGCAGUCACCGACAGAAUAUUGAUGAGACAUCUCGCGCUAUCCAGGACUGCUUGGAGGUGCUACGCCUGGCUAAUCAAGUUCAUGAUCUGUUAGCCAAGAAAAACCACUAUGCAGCUUUACGGGCGCUCGAGGAACUCCAAAAUGUGCACCUCAAGGACGUGACCCAAUAUAAAAUCGCGGACAUGAUUCAGCGCUCAGUACCAGCGACCCAGCGAGCGAUAGCGGAGGCCGUGCUAUCUGACCUGAAUACUUGGCUUUACAGAAUCCGCGAGAUGUCUCAGUUUCUCGGAGAAAUAGCUCUUUACCAUACAGAAUGCCGGAAGACAAGACAAAAGGAGAGGGCAGAGAAACUACCAUACCUCAGACAUUUCAAACUGAACUCUGCUAUUGAGCUGGUUUCGGAUGAGCACGAAGAAUACGAUUUAUUACAGAAUGAAGAACUGCAAGUUGACUUCACGCCCCUGUUUGAAUGUUUACACAUCCAUCAAUCACUGGGGCAGAUGGACAAGUUUCGGACGGAAUACGCUAAUACCCGUCGCCGACAAAAAGAGCUUCUAAUUCCCUCUUCAAUAACUUUGAUUGACGAGGACGGGGCUUGCCUACACAACCUUCUAGAAGAAAUGGCAGGCUUUGCCAUCGUAGAGCGUGCUACCAUGAAGAGAGUGCCAGACUUGAGGUCAUCUGUCGACGUUGAUGAGCUCUGGGAUUCAAUGUGCCAGACUGCCAUGGGCCUCAUUUCAAAAGCGCUUCCAGAAGUUGAUAAUGCUGAGAGUUUGCUCAAAAUCAAAAAUCUCGUUGCGUUAUUUAUGCAAACAAUGAAUACAUGGGAGUUCUCCGUUGGAAAAUUUGAUGAAUUGCUCUUGACUUUGUUCAAGAGAUAUGCCGAACUUCUCAAGAAAAGAUUCAGUGACGACUUCCAGGAGAUCGUAUCCACGGACGAUUAUAUGCCCAUGCCGAUACAAUCGUUGGAUGAGUAUGACAAGGUCCUCAAUGUCAGCUGGUACAAUCCUGAGAAGCCAAGGGAGGAACAAGUGUUUCCAUGUGUUCUGCCCUUUUCUCAAAUGUAUCCCUUGUGUUGCAUCGACAUCCGCAACUUCUUAAACCAGUUUUAUUUCUUCGCCAAUGAAGAUUUCUCCCAUCCGCAUAUGAUAGAUGAUACUCUCAAAGAUGCUUUGGAUGAGCUUCUUUCAAACCAAGUUUGCGAUACUCUUGUUGAGCGUCUUUCUUCGCAAUAUUUGGGCCAGAUUGUUCAGAUCUUGAUCAAUCUGGAGCAUUUUGAAUCAGCGUGCCGUGAGCUCGAGGAGCUUCUCGCCGCGGCUCGAUCCCAAGGUGCUGCGGGCGGUCCGAUAUCCUUAAGAGCGACGGAGAAAUUCAGAAGCAACAAAAAAUCAGCAGAGAAGCGAAUUUUCGAGGUCGUCAAUUCCAAAAUCGAUGAUCUCAUUGAAACUGCAGAGUAUGACUGGAUGGCACUCACGCCUCCGACAGAGCCCAGCAAUUACAUGCAAACGCUGACCCGAUUCUUGUCCAAUAUAAUGAACUCAACAUUGCUCGGUCUCCCAACAGAAAUCAAGGAACUCAUCUACUUCGAUGCUCUCAGCCACGCGGCGAACAUGAUCUUGGCACAGCCGCUCUCCUCAGACGUAAAAAGCAUCAAUCCCAAUGGAGUGAUGGCCCUUGCGAAAGAUGUUGAAUAUCUGUUUCAGUUUGUUGACAGCUUGGGUGUGCCCAUUCUUCGGGAGAACCUCGACGAAUUGCAACAGACUGUGCAUCUAAUGCAGGCGGAUAAUAUGGACGAGUUUUACGAUAUUUCUACAAGAAAUAAGAAGUAUGGCCGUGUGGAUGCUAUCAAUGGCCCUAUCCUCUUAGAAAAACUUACACGCACUGUUCAAAGUUCGGGAAAGAUUGAUAAGUUCACAACACUUUCCUCAAGGUUCGGCAAGAAGACUUGA